CGAUAUGAUUGGCCGGAUAUUCUAAGCUUAAAAAGAAGAAGGAAAAAAAGAGAGAAGGAAAUCUCCACAUGGUUUCCAAGAGAAGGCAGGACUGUGAGAGUGGAAUUUGGUUGAAAUUCAACCGCCUCAUUCUCAACCCAUUUCCCCUGUAAAUAAACUUAGUGAUUCUAAAUAUUUGAGAUAUUUUCUCUUACUUAUCGCAUUGUAUAAUCUGUUGACAACGCAAGCGAUUUAUCAACACGAGGCAAUUGUAAUUCAGAUCCUUUUCUCUGGUGGCAAUAAAACACGUGCUUCUAAGAUGGCAAUGAGCCACAUGAAGAUUAUUGAGUUGGAGGAAGGAUGGGAGUUUAUGGAGAAGGGAGUCACAAAGUUGAAGAAAAUUUUAGAAGGACAGCAAGAUUCUUUCAACUCUGAAGAGUACAUGAUGCUCUACACAACUAUAUAUAACAUGUGCACACAGAAGCCCCCGCAUGAUUACUCACAACAGCUGUAUGAGAAGUACAAGUAUUCUUUUGAAGAAUACAUCAAUUCUACUGUUCUGCCUGCUUUAAGAGAGAGGCAUGAUGAGUUUAUGUUGAGGGAGUUUGUGAAAAGAUGGGCGAAUCAUAAACUUAUGGUCAGGUGGCUCUCACGGUUCUUCUAUUAUCUCGACCGCUAUUUUAUUGCCCGAAGGUCGCUACCUGCGCUUAACGAAGUUGGUCUUACGUGCUUCCGCGAUCUGGUUUAUCAGGAGUUGAACAGUAAAGCUAGAGAUGCAGUUAUUGUGUUGAUUGAUCAAGAACGUGAGGGUGAGCAGAUUGACAGGGCCUUACCGAAGAAUGUGCUUGAUAUAUUUGUUGGAAUUGGAAUGGGGCAAAUGGAGUAUUAUGAAAAUGACUUUGAGGAUGCAAUGCUUAAAGAUACCGCAGCUUAUUAUUCUCGGAAAGCUUCUAGUUGGAUCGUGGAAGAUUCUUGUCCAGAUUAUAUGUUGAAGGCGGAGGAGUGCUUGAAGAAAGAGAAGGAUAGAGUGUCUCAUUAUCUCCACGUUAGUAGCGAGACAAAACUUUUGGAGAAAGUGCAAAAUGAAUUAUUGGUUGUAUAUACCAAUCAGUUACUUGAGAAGGAGCAUUCUGGAUGCCGAGCUUUGCUUAGAGAUGAUAAGGUAGAGGAUUUAUCUCGAAUGUAUAGGCUAUUCCACAGAAUUCCUAAGGGAUUGGAACCUGUUGCAAAUAUGUUUAAACAGCAUGUCACUUCUGAAGGCAUGGUCUUGGUGCAACAGGCUGAAGAUACGGCAAGUAACAAGGCUGAAAGUUCGGGCACAGGGGAGCAGGUCUUCGUUAGGAAGUUGAUUGAGCUCCACGACAAGUAUAUGUCUUAUGUUACAGAGUGUUUUACUAAUAACUCUCUCUUUCAUAAGGCUCUGAAGGAGGCAUUUGAGGUCUUUUGUAACAAGAUUGUGUCAGGUUGUUCAAGUGCGGAGCUCCUUGCUUCUUAUUGUGAUAAUAUUCUUAAGAAAGGUGGGAGUGAAAAGCUCAGUGAUGACGCUAUUGAGGAGACAUUGGAUAAGGUGGUCAAGCUUCUCGCAUACAUCAGUGACAAAGACCUCUUUGCGGAGUUCUACAGGAAGAAGCUUUCUCGUCGAUUGCUCUUUGAUAAAAGUGCCAAUGAUGACCAUGAAAGGCUUAUCUUAACAAAGCUGAAGCAGCAGUGUGGUGGACAGUUUACAUCUAAGAUGGAGGGAAUGGUGACAGACUUGACAUUGGCUAGGGAAAAUCAGAACCACUUUCAGGAAUAUCUCAGCAACAACCCUGCAGCAAGUCCUGGAAUCGAUUUAACUGUCACAGUUCUUACAACUGGAUUCUGGCCUAGUUAUAAAUCUUCUGAUUUGAGUCUCCCAGUGGAAAUGGUAAAGUGUGUGGAAGUCUUCAAGGAAUUCUAUCAGACGAAAACAAAACACAGGAAAUUGACAUGGAUUUAUUCAUUGGGUACUUGUAACAUAAACGGGAAGUUUGCGCCUAAAACAAUUGAACUGAUUGUGGGAACUUAUCAGGCUGCUGCUCUGUUACUGUUUAAUGCUUCAGAUAGAUUGAGUUACUCAGAAAUCAAGAGUCAAUUAAAUUUGGCGGAUGAUGACUUGGUCAGAUUGCUUCAUUCCCUUUCAUGUGCCAAGUAUAAAAUUCUGACUAAGGAGCCUAGCAAUAGAACUGUCUCACCAUCUGAUCAUUUUGAGUUCAACUCCAAGUUCAGUGACAGGAUGAGGAGGAUUAGGGUCCCAUUGCCUCCUGCGGAUGAAAGGAAAAAGGUGGUUGAGGAUGUGGACAAAGAUAGACGUUAUGCAAUUGAUGCCUGUAUUGUGCGCAUUAUGAAGAGUCGGAAGGUUCUUCCUCAUCAACAGCUAGUGUUGGAGUGUGUUGAGCAGUUGAGCCGAAUGUUUAAGCCUGAUUUCAAAGCAAUCAAAAAGCGAAUGGAAGAUCUUAUCACUCGGGAUUACUUGGAAAGAGACAAAGAGAACCCGAACUUGUUUAAGUACUUAGCCUGAAGCGAUGCUGUGGUGCCUGGCUGAGAUUCUAUUGUUCUUUCACAUUGGAUUAAGUACAGCUGGUUUUCCAUGUAAUAGGAGUAUAGUAGGAGACAAAUUUUUUGACCUUGCCUAUAAGUAAGCAACUGUGCAGUAUAGAACAAAAUCUUAUUUGAAUUCCAAAUUAUAUGUUCACUAGCUACAGCAAUUGAACCCGAGUAUCUCUUGUUAACCAUUUUUACCUUGACAUUGUUGUACACAUGUUUCUACAGUUACUCGAUUAGCCGAGGCAGUUGGUGAAUCAUUUCAAAGCUGUUAUCAA